AUGCGCUGGGUGUACGCAAACCACUCGUGUGCGACCGACUCGUGGUCGACGCAUGCGCAGCUGGACCUCGUAUCCAGGCUAUGCUUUACUGACAAGUUGGAGUCUGUUGUUAUGAGUACAUCUCGGGCAUAUCUUCAGAACACGGAAAGCUGGUAAUGGUGACAACUAUAGUACAUGUCCCUCACUGGUAACAAUAGCUAUAUCGCCUUGUUAGGCUGUGUGCUGUAUGUGGUAUAUGUGCUGGAAAGGGAAACAUGCUUGGCACUGUGUUAUGUACAUGGGAACACAUAUAUGGGAAUAUCAGAGUCAGUCCAAUAUAAAUGGCCCUCGAAUUCACUCACCAAGCAGCAAUGCAGGUAUAAUGACAAGCAACCAAAAACUGCACACAGAAGGGUCUGUCUGGACUGUAAGUGCGUUUGAGCAGGGUCUUAUUGUUCCUGUAAUAAUUUGUAAUUGUCUCACUUAUAUUUUAAAUGUUCUCCUUUUAUAAUAACUUAAAGCGCUGCGAAAUACGUUGGCGCUAUUUAAAUAAUGUAUGAUAAUAUCUGAAUUGUAGUGAAUUAAAAUCGUAACAGCAAAAUUAACGCCGAAAUACCCGAGCUCUGACAAGCGCUUUUGGAGAAGUGACGACUUUUUCGUUUGCUUUCGUGAAUCAAAAGGGGACAUUCUAAGUAUGACAAUAAAUUUUAUCAUUAUGUGAUUUUGGUCCAGUCUAGUUCCGUUUUUUUUUUCUGUCAAUGUAUAAUAUAACAUUGCUGAUUCAAAGAAAUGACAGUGGUUUCAUUUAACGUAAACCAUGUCACAACUGUUGGUGAACGCAACUAAAGGAUCUUACUUAGAUCAUUGGAGGUUGUCACAAUUUGACGUCUUCACACAAUACAUGGAGCACAUUCCUUUUUACAUGGACCUCAGUUAUUCUGCUCUUUGCGGUUCCAGAAUUCACAGAGUUAGAGUGCAUACUGGGAGUCACGAGGGCUGCGCUCUGACUCAUCACUGCACAGAGGUCUGCAAGGGAGAAUAAUGUUCACACUUCCUGCCCCUAACACUGUCCUCCCUCUGGCAACCUUGAGGUUUUCCCGCGGCAGAUCUAAACACACAAACAAAAUGCCUGCCUGGCAUCAGGAUCUACAUGUCCCAGGUGUCGGACCAUACAUAUUUUAUAUCCUUGGAAUAUCUGAACUGCUGCCAUAUUUGUAUAUUGUAUUCAUGUGUAUUUAAGUGACUGAUCAUAAAGGAAAUGCAUUUCAACUAUUGUUUAUUUUACAGGUAG